AUGGCUUCGGCAGAUCUAAUAAGCUUGAAUAAGACUUGGGAACUUUCGUUGUAUGAACUUCAUAGAACACCGCAAGAGGCAAUUACGGAUAGCACAGAGAUUGCUGUGUCCCCCCGGAGCUUACAUAGUGAAUUGAUGUGCCCAAUAUGUUUAGAUAUGCUCAAGAAGACUAUGACCACUAAAGAAUGUCUUCACAGAUUUUGUUCAGAUUGUAUUGUUACUGCUCUCCGUUCUGGUAAUAAAGAAUGUCCUACCUGUCGAAAGAAAUUGGUAUCUAAACGUUCGUUACGUCCAGACCCAAAUUUUGAUCUACUAAUAUCCAAAAUCUAUCCUAGCCGUGACGAAUAUGAAGCCCAUCAAACCAGAGUGUUAGAACAAUUGAAUAAAAGCCAUAGCCAAGCAAAUCUAGUGCAAUCUAUAAAUGAAGGUAUCAAAAUUCAAACACAAAAUCGUUUACAGCGUACCAAAAAGAAUCAACAAGAUGAGCUCAAUGAAAGUAGUUCUUCGUCUACACCAAAAACCCCAUCUAACAACUUUGGGCUUGGCAAAGAUAAUGUUACUAGAACAGUGGUUCAAGCAAAAGUGGCAAAGAAACUUAAAACAGUAAUGAUUUCUGAAAAUGAUGGUCCAGCAUCAUCUUUGUCAGCUGACAGAUCAGAUAUUACUGAGUGUGAUGGCUCUUCAAGAGGAGUAUCAGUAGAUGAAAUUGAAUUGGUAUUUAAACCUCACCCAACUGAAAUGGGAUCUGAUAAUCAAUUAAUAAGAGUGUUGAAAGAGAAUUCUGUACGAUAUAUUAAAACUACUGCAAAUGCUACUGUUGAUCAUUUAAGCAAAUACUUAGCGAUGCGACUUACAUUAGAUCUUGUUCCGGAGCUUCCAGAACGGGCUCUAAGCUUUUUAAUCUAUGUAUCACCAACAUCUGAUCAAUAUGUUCCGUUAAAUGGAAAUCAGACUUUGCGACAGGUUCACGACAAAUAUUGGAAAGUGAAUAAACCUCUAGAAAUGUUUUAUUCGUUUAAUUAAGUUAUGCUUAACUAUUUGUUAACUAUAAUUUUUUUUUACUCUUUUCUGCCUUUCAAAUAGUAUUAAUUUUUAAGAAUGUUUUUAUAAAUACUGUCUAAUAUAGUGUUAAUGCCUAUCACUUAAAUAUAUAUAUAAUAUUUAUUAUACUACUUGUAUUCGCUUUAGAUUAAAACAGUGGUAUACAUUAUUCAAGUUAAUAGUGAACCACUCACUAACGCAGACUGAACCAUUUGAAUUCCUCAAGUGGUAACUAAGUGCUUUGUUUUAGGUUGUUAUCAUUAUAUUAUGCAUAUACAUACUGGUGAUUGUGGUAGGAACUGUUUAUGAGUAGUUAUACAUUGACACAGCCAGAUUUUGUUAGUCAAGUGGUUUAUUGUUAACCUGAAUAAAGUACAGAAAUAAUUUGCUUAGUGAUUUUUGGUUGAUUUAAUUUAGUAGAGCUAUAAUUGAAUCAGUUUUAUAAGCAAUCGGAUUUGUAUCAAAACCCAAACUUUUGUAAGAAUUAAAAAAUGUGUCGUGGACUAAUCGGUUUCUACAAUUUUGACUAGUAUUAUAAAAAAAUAAAAAACCGUUUGUAAUGGUGGACAACUCAGAAUUUUCUUGAAAUUUGUAGAUCUACAUAAUAUGAAAAAUCUUUAACUCUAAAGAGAUAUCAUUGUUUUGGAUAAUCCAGGUUUCUCAAAAGACUGAUACAAUUUUUAUUGCAAAGUUUUCAAUUGAUACAAGAAUAAUUGUUAGUUUGAUUAAUUGUGAUUUGCUUAAGUACUAUACGUAACAUGAAAACAUUACUAAUAUUGUGUUUGAAUAAUUAUAUCGCCAUAAAUUUUUAACUCAUUCUCUUCCUUCUUUAGUACUAAUACAAUUAAAAAUUUUGCACUCAUCAACUAAAAAUGCACAAAUUUGGAGGAUAUUCU